GGGUUGUUCUUCACAGGUUUGACAAUGCGUCACUCCGUGCGCAUGCGCCACUUUACAGGAAGCGUUAACGUUUUCUUUUACCAGCUGAUUUAGCCAAAUUGUCAACAGUCAAGCCUGCGAUAGCUGCGCUGCUGAAACGACAGUAUAUACGACAGAACAAGGAGCGAAGAGAGGUCAAGACACCAAUCGGCGAGACUUGACUCCACUCUGGAAGUGACUGACAUCCCAGAAGCACCCAUCUCCACCCCAGGGAGGAGGCCCAGCCCCCCUGACGUCUCCUACGCGGGCCGGUAUGAGCUCCAGAGGGAGUGGAGGCCGCACCAACGGCACACUACCACAAACCAAGAUCUGCCAGUUCAAGCUGGUGCUGCUGGGUGACAUGGCUGUGGGCAAAUCCAGCCUGGUGCUGCGUUUCGUCAAGGGACAAUUUGAUGAGUUCCAGGAGACAACCAUAGGAGCUGCGUUCCUGGCUCAGUCGGUGUGUCUAGAUGACACCACAGUGAAGUUUGAGAUCUGGGACACCGCAGGACAAGAGCGAUACCACAGCCUGGCUCCGAUGUACUACCGUGGCGCUCAGGCUGCUAUCGUUGUCUUUGACAUCACCAAGCCGGAGACUUUUGAGAGAGCCAAGGCCUGGGUGAAGGAGCUGCAGAGGCAGGCCAGUCCGAACAUUGUUAUUGCCCUGGCCGGGAACAAGGCCGACCUGGCAGAGAGGAGACUAGUAGAGUAUGAGGAAGCCCAGACGUAUGCUGAAGACACUGGCUUGCUCUUUAUGGAGACUUCGGCUAAGACAGCCAUGAACGUCAACGAGCUCUUCCUGGCCAUAGCAAAAAAGAUGCCAAAAACAGACACCCAAAACCCUACACAUGCAGCGCGACAUCGGGGAGUCAACCUCCAGGACCCAGACGCCCACUCCACUCGAGCCUGCUGCGGUGGGAACUAGACCUCCACAGCUCCCACCAGUAUUCCACCAUCCACACCACCACAGCCCUACAACCAUCCCGUCUCCUUCAACCAAGUUAAAAGGGGGUGGGCCAGACGCGGGGGGGGAAACCCAGUGUCCACUCACUCCCUUCCUUACCUACCUACCCUCCACUCAUCCUCCUGUCAGAGCAGACAGAAAUUCAAAAGGAGAGAAUAAAAAAAAAAAGGGAAAGGAAGAGCAAACCGAGUUGGAGAAGAAAGCCACAACGUUUCACACGUCUUGUGUCUCUUGACCAACAACUGAGAUUCUGCGUUUUGGAAAGUACGAGGAGGAGGAGGAGGUCGACUGAGAAUGAGAGGAGGAAAAUAAAAAAAAAAUAAAAAUAAAAAAUGUGGAAGACAUUGGCAAGCCUGUUGUAGUUUUAUAGCACUAAUUGUGAUUUUUUUUUGUUUGUUCCGUAAUUCUGCCUUGCAUCAUUUCAAUCACAGCCCCGAUUGCGUAGAAAUGCACAAAAACGAGCAGCACACGCCGGCGAGCGGCCAGGUAAGGAAAAGAGUAAUAGAAAGAAUAAAAGGGUCAAGCCAAAUUGUUAGGUCGUGACGGCUUUCUUCUUCUCCUUUGUCAGAGCUUGCGCCUGCUUGCUUUGCCUCCUCCUAGUCCUGAAUGGCACAGACCCUGCUGUGAAUAAUGCCACAUACUGAACCCCCCUGGAAUGAUCCCAUGAUUUGUAAUCCCUUCCCCCGUCCUGCCUGACCUUCCCUGGUAUCACUAGCACUGGCCACAGGCUCACAGUAGAUAAGACCCAUGGCACAGUUUGCCCUAACAUAAGUCCAUUUGUACGUAUUUAUUGUCCGGCGUUCUGACUUCUCUCUCUCUCUCUCGACUGCUUCAGUCGUCUCCGAGGCGCUCGUGUUUCUCCUCUCAUGUCCAGAUAGGAACUCAUCACGUGAGGAAAAACAUUUAAACUUUAAAAAGAUUGAUGAUUUGACAUUGUGUUUCUCAUUAAUACAUUUUGGUCCGACAGACUUGGUUGUUUUAAUAAAGGAAAAAACAGAAAAAAAAAAAGAUUGCUGAAGUGCCGUGUUCCUAAAAACAGUUUGGGGUUUCAGUGGAAAAAUGUGUCUGUGGCUCUUCACAGCAACAAUAUAGACUUGGAUCUGCAGUGUCUGUAGUCCCAUGACAUAAUAUUUUUGAUGUAUGAGCAGAAAACUGUUAACUCUAACUAAUGUCUUUAGCAGAAAACAGCUCUCUCAAAACAUACAAGUCGCAUACUCACUGUAUUUAUUAAAUGGCUUAAUCUUAUUUUUCCAAUUGUCACAAUGAGCGAUUAGGGCUUAUUGUAAUAGCAAGAAAUGUGGUAGUCCAUGUAUGGCUCUGCUCAGAUGAAAUUAUUGGCAUCAGAUGAAUGAAAUAUUAGGGAAGGAAUGGAAGGCGGGAGGAGGAUACGAAAAUGUGACAUUUGUAAUAAACCUGUACCGUGCCCUGUCGGAGAAAAUCAUCCCAUCUUGUGUUUAACGUGUCCCUCGUCUGCCCCCUUGUCCUAAGGUUAAGUUGUUGGUGAACAUGAAACCAUAGUGAUCUCCAUCUAACUUAAUAUGAUGCUCUUUAAACAAAUGAGUUGUGUGCUUGGUUGCUGUCCAAGGCUUUGGCUGAAGAAAAUGAGGAAGUGAAUUAAUGAAAACACACACACAAAAAAAAACAGAAGUGCCUAUUCCCAGUUUCUCUUUUUUUUUCUGUGAAUUAUGCGUUUGUGCUUAGUAGGCAAAGUGCAGGAAAACAUUUCCCUGACAUUAGCUUGUACUAUAAACCAAUAACUUGGCACUCGCUCAUUAGGCUAUUCUGUAUCGGCUCUUUGUAUGGAUGUAAAGAGAUUUUGUCGAAUACACUGUAUGUUAAAUAUUGUCUUAAAUUUUAAUGAAAGUGUAUUUUAGCAGAGCACACUUGUAAACAUGGAAUGGAUCGUUUAAAAAAAAAAAAAAAAAAAA